GUUCUCCGGCGACGGAUCUUAUUCCAGUUUCGUAGCGAGAGAGAUGGCGAAGGGGAGAACAGAGAUGGAGGUCGGGCCGGACGGGGUCGCCGUCAUCACCAUCAUUAACCCUCCCGUCAAUUCGCUCUCGGUCGACGUAUUAUUCAGCUUAAAAGAUAGUUAUGAGCAAGCUCUAAACAGAGAUGAUGUGAAAGCUAUUGUUAUUACAGGAGCUGGAGGGAAAUUUUCUGGGGGUUUUGACAUCACUGCCUUUGGUGGUCUUCAAGGCGGACAGAGGGAUCAACCAAAAGUUGGCUAUGUUUCAAUAGAUAUCAUCACUGACACCUUAGAAGGUGCAAGAAAGCCAUCGGUGGCUGCUAUAGAUGGCUUAGCACUUGGUGGUGGACUGGAGGUUGCAAUGGCAUGCCAUGGGCGCGUUUCUACUUCUACUGCUCAACUAGGUCUGCCGGAACUUCAACUUGGAAUUAUUCCUGGAUUUGGAGGAACACAACGACUUCCACGCCUUGUUGGACUUACAAAAUCUCUUGAAAUGAUUCUGAUGUCAAAGCCAAUAAAAGGAGAGGAAGCUCAUGCAUUUGGUCUAGUUGAUGCCAUAGUUUCACCUGAGGAGUUGGUGAAGACUGCUCGCUGUUGGGCUCUGGAUAUUGCUGAAUUCAGAAGACCAUGGAUCAGGAGCCUUUACAGAACUGAUAAGUUAGAGCCUCUUGGAGAGGCUAGGGAGAUACUAAAGUUUGCAAGAUCUCAAACUCAAAAACGAGCUCCCAAUCUGCAGCACCCAUUGGUAUGUCUUGAUGUAGUUGAAGAGGGUAUAGUUUCAGGACCUCGUGCUGGACUUUGGAAGGAAGCAAAUGCUUUCCAGACACUUCUUUUCUCUGACACAUGCAAGAGCUUGGUUCAUGUCUUUUUUGCACAACGUGCAACCUCAAAGGUGCCUGGUGUCACUGACUUGGGUUUGGUUCCCAGAAAAAUAACUAAAGUUGCUAUUCUUGGAGGAGGUCUGAUGGGUUCUGGAAUUGCAACUGCACUAAUCCUGAGCAAUUAUCCUGUGAUGUUAAAAGAAGUCAAUGAGAAGUUCUUAAAAGCAGGGAUUGACAGAGUCAAAGCCAAUUUGCAGAGUCGUGUCAAGAAAGGAAAAAUGUCUCAAGAGAAGUUUGAGAGAACCCUUUCGCUUCUUACAGGUGUUCUUGAUUAUGAAUCCUUCAAAGAUGUGGAUAUGGUCAUUGAGGCGGUCAUUGAGAAUGUGUCACUGAAGCAGCAAAUAUUUGCUGAUCUGGAGAAAUUUUGCUCGCCCCAUUGCAUACUUGCUACCAACACUUCAACAAUAGAUCUCAAUUUAAUAGGAGAAAAAACCAUGUCUCAGGAUCGUAUUGUUGGUGCACAUUUCUUUAGUCCUGCUCAUAUCAUGCCACUCCUAGAAAUAGUUCGGACUCAUAAAACAUCACCGCAAGUUGUUACAGACUUACUAGAUGUUGGGAAGAAGAUUCGCAAAACUCCAAUAGUAGUUGGGAAUUGUACUGGCUUUGCUGUCAACAGGAUGUUCUUUCCUUACACUCAGUCAGCGCUUUUUUUAGUUGAUCGUGGUGUUGAUGUCUAUAAGAUUGACCGUGCAUGUACGAAAUUUGGAAUGCCAAUGGGCCCUUUCAGGCUUGCCGAUCUGGUUGGUUUUGGGGUUGCAGUAGCUACUGGCAUGCAAUACCUGGAGAACUUCCCUGAAAGAGUCUAUAAAUCAUUGUUAAUGUCAAUAAUGCUUGAGGAUAAGAGAUCAGGUGAAGCUACUCGAAAGGGAUUCUAUAAAUAUGAUGAGAAGCGGAAGGCCAGUCCUGACCCUGAAAUAAAGAAGUACAUCGAGAAAUCUAGGAGCAUGGCUGGCAUUACACCUGAUCUUGAGCUAAUGAAGUUAGCAGAUAAGGAUAUAGUAGAAAUGGUAUUCCUUCCUGUUGUAAAUGAGGCCUGCCGAGUCCUUGAUGAGGGAAUUGUUGUGAAGGCAUCAGAUCUUGAUAUUGCUUCCAUCAUGGGCAUGGGCUUCCCCCCUUACAGGGGUGGCAUAAUGUUUUGGGCAGACUCUCUUGGUGCAAAUUACGUCCACUCAAAAUUGAAUGCAUGGUCAAAUAAGUAUGGUCAACUUUUCAAGCCCUGUACAUAUCUGGCAGAAAGAGCUUCUAAAGGCCUAUCUCUGAGUGCCCAAGUGAAUCAGGCAAGGGCUCGAAUGUAGAGUGACCUAUCUGGCAAUAUUUCUCUUUGAAGAAGAUGUAAUAAAGGGGUGAAUAAUGACAGAGGGAUCAUAUAUUCCUAGAAUGUUGCAAGGCCUUUAUGUGGAACAUCCCUCGAGUAUUUUCCACAGUAUUCAUGCUUAUGAUAAUUCUGUGGAUUCCACCAUGUAGUAUUAGCAGUGGAUUGCAGUUAAACUAUUAAAGCAGAAACAAGUUAAAUUGAUGGUGAUUAUUUUGUAUCAUUUCUUAUGUGUGCCCGAUAUAUCACGAAGGUGUUUGGAUUUUCGUG